UACCUGCGGUUAAAUUGAAGCGAACGUGCAGUUAUGUGUUAUUUGGUGAUUUCGUAAUUUAACAUAAAAAUUAACAACAUUCCGGUAUUUAAACGAAAGUUCCUUUGGAAGGAACAGAAUUCAUUGCCGCUUUAUAAUCAAUUUUGUUUGUGCUUCUUAUCAUCAUGAUAAUGGCGUGACUCCUGAACUGGACAAAUUGAAGCUGAAACUAAGAUGGCGCUUAAACAAGAAAGUGCGCCGGCGCUUGCGUCUCCGAUGCUCCACCGCUCCGAGUAUCGGGAAGCCGGCCCUCCACCUCUGGCCACUGAGGACUUCGAAGAGGACGAGUUCCAAGAUGCCGCCGAAGAGCAACUUGAGUAUUCCAUGGAUUUACAAACAGCCUUUGAGGAGUGUGAAGUUGCAAUGAGAAAGUUUUUCAAUAACGACCUAGUGGGAGCGUCGAAUAUAAUGAAACCUUGGUGCCGUACUUCGCUAUACCACAGUCUUGGUAUGUCUAUUUUCGAGUUCAUACCUGCUAUGUUGACAUUCGACCACGGGCAGAUCAACCGCGCGCUAGCGGCGCUCAAAGUGUGCAUCUCUAUCUGUAAUCAGCAUCGGAGAAACUUCUCACUGGUCGAGAGCAUUGGCACAAUGAUAAGAAAGCCAAACUUAAGCUCGUACACAGACUUAGAGGCGCACGCCGAGCUCUGCUACGCGGAAGCUUUGCUGCUCCAAGCCAUGAUGACUAUAAUGGAGGGUGAGGAUCUCACGGGCCUGAUCAAGGGCACCAUCAAAGUCAAGAACUGUUACAAUAGCUAUAAAGACUGCGGCAAGAUUCUUGCGCGCAAGCAGUGGGAGAGUGAAACGUCGCGGAUACACUUCCACAGCGGCGUGCGCCUGGGGACCGCCACCUUCAACGUGAUGAUAUCGCUGCUGCCUCCCAGAAUCAUCAGCCUGCUGGAAUUCGUCGGUUUUUCGGGAAAUAAGAGCUACGGUCUGACGGAGCUGGUGGCGGGCAUGCGAUCGGCGGGGCUGCGCGCCGUGCUGUGCGAGCUGACCCUGCUCGCGUACCACCUCGUCAUCUGCCACUUCAUCGGCGCGCAGGGCGACCUCGACAUCUGCCAGGAGAUCCUGGACAAGGAACUCAAGGUGUACCCGGACGGCGUGUGGUUCCUGCUGUUCAAGGGGCGGCUCGAGCUGAUGCGGGGCAUGUUCAACCCGUCCAUAGUCACGUACAACCAGGCCAUCGACAGCCAGGACAUGUGGCUGCAGUUCCGACACGUCUGCUACUGGGAGAUCAUGUGGGUUAACGGGCUAAAAAUGGAUUGGCGGCAAGCCGCAGUGUACGCCAACAAGCUAAUGGAGGAGAGCUCUUGGUCGCGCACGAUCUACACGUACACCAAGGCCGCGCUGAUGCUGCAACUCGGCGACGAACUCAAACUCGGAGAGAGGCAGCAGUGCAACGAUCUCAUGAGGAACGCGUCUUACUACAAGCAACGCAUCGCGGGCAAGUCGCUCCCGAUGGAGAAGUUCAUGAUCAAACGUUGCGCGCGCUACAGCGCGCAAGGCCACCAGCUCGUGCUGCCCGCGCUCGAGCUGCUGUGCCUGUGGAACAUGUUCCCGGUGCUGGCCCGCCACGAGCGCGCCGCGCAGGACGUGCUCAAGUUAAUAGAAACCACUCGAGACCGCCUGGACGCGGGCCCUAAGGAAUGGAUGGCUGGCUACGAGGCCGACAACCGCGCGCUGCUGUGGUACCUGCACGGCUGCUGCCUGUCCGCAAUGGGCUUCCCGCGGCUGGCGCUCGACUCGCUGGACUCCGUCAUGCUGUUGAAGAACGAAAUUAAAGAGGACACGUUCCUGCUGCCGUACGCGAUGGCCGAGAUCGCCAUAUGCUACCAUUACUUGGACGACGACGAGCGCGCCCUGCAAAUACUCACGGACACCAGGAAAAAGUAUUCCGGAUAUUCACUGGAAUCAAGGCUUCAGUUCCGUAUGCACUCAAGGAUGAUCAUGAUAAAGGAAAAAGACCAGAAAAACAAAACUGGAUCCACCAAAAAAAUUGCAUCGUAAUUCGUUUAUCUAACAUUUUAACUGCUGAUCGUGAUCAUCGGUAAUUUACUAAAUUUUUAAUUAAUACACGCAAGUGAUUGUCAGUGUUCCUCGUUUCUAAGAAAAGCUAUUUUGUUAACAUUCUAGCAUUUAGGAAGUAUGCUCUGCCACCUAGUGGUGUAAAUCAGAAACUCGCUCGAGAUUAACACUUGGCACCACUACACUAAGGGCCAGUUGCAUCAACCACAUUUGACAGACACAUCAUCGUCACGCAGCAGACGUCUAUGGAACUUCCCAUACAAUAAAAUUUAACGAACGCUUUAACGGUGACAGACGGUUUGGUGCAACCGACCCUAACAUGGGCCUUCCGUGCCGCCCCGCAGGUAGUUCAUGCUCGCUCGCGGAGGAGGCCGGAAACGUUACGGGCCAUAAUAGGCUAGUUUC